AUGACACCAUCAAAUCACCUACUGAUAUUGGCGUUCGAUGCACAGAAAGCAGAAGAUGAAGAAGUGUCGCAGCUUGCUAAUAGUAGCAAAGAUGUGAAUUUCCUCAUGAAUUUCACCGAGCCUCCCUCGCAAACUGUCCCGGAUUCGUUGCUCCAGUUGAAGUUGAGCGAGUUAUUGAGGGAUGCACGACAAUUCUCCAUGUUCCGUCUGUACCUGCAAGACACUCGUGGACCAGUUCAUGAACUGAGUUUCUUAGCCGAAGCUUCUCGUAUUCACGACAGUAUGCAGCGGAAGACUGAAUCUUCGGGACAAAUAGCUUAUGACAUCUGGCAGCUUUUCGGGCAAUUUGUUCACGACAGUGCCCCAGAAAAGAUAGAAUUCGAUGAGGAAAUCGUUAGCGAGUUCAAAGCCGCAGUCGAAUGCAACAACCUUUUGCUUCUCGAUAAGAUCAUUGAAAAGUCAUACCAAGUCGUCUACCAACGGAUGCAAGCUGAUCACGUAAUCCCAUUUUGCCAAUCUGAUGCAUUUUUGGGGUAUUUAUGCGGUAGUC